GUGACGCGCUUUGCGGCGCGUCGUGCGGAGGCGGCGGCGCCGGGCGGCGCUCCUCGGCUCCUCCGGCGUGUGCGGCGCAAUGGCGGAGGAGUGGCUGGGCGUGGAGGCGGCCGUGAGCGCCAGUGAGGGCGAGGAGGAGGGGCAGGAGGACGAUGAGCGGCGGCAUCAGCGGCUCCUGGAGGCGGUCAGCUCCCUCUCGGGACGGCGGCGGCGGAAGCUGGCAGAGCGCACCGAGGCGAGCGUGCAGGUGUCUGAAUUCAACGUCAGCUGCAAAGGUGCUGGGGAGAAGCUGGUUCUGUCUGAGCUCCUGAAGCCUAUCAAACCCAAAUCUGCCCUGGGCAGUGUGAAGAAAGAGCUGAGCAAAGUAAAGCAAAAGAAGGCAGUGGAGCUGCCCCUCAGCAAAGAAGAGGCAAAAAGGGUCGUGAGGGAAGCUGCCUAUGUCACCACCUCGAAGGAUGUGGGCAAGUGGCAGGAGGUGGUUCUGCAGAACCGGCGGGCAGAGCAGCUGGUGUUCCCCCUGAGGCAGGAGAUCACUGCAGUCGCGCCCCUGGAGCAGGUGUCCUCAGCGUGGCAGGCCCGCACUCCCCUAGAGCAGGAGAUCUUUGGCUUACUCCACAGGACAAAGCAGCCCAUUACAGACCCGCUCCUGACACCUGAGGAGACUGCCUCGCUGCAGGCAAUGAGCUUGGAGGAGGCCCGGCAGCGGCGGGCAGAGCUGCAGAAAGCUCGAGCUGUGCAGUCCUACUACGAAGCCAAGGCUCGGCGAGAGAAGAGGAUCAAGAGCAAAAAGUACCAUCGUGUGCUGAAGAGAAGCAGGAAGCGCAAAGCCUUGAAGGAGUUUGAGCAGCUGCAUAAGUCAGACCCCAAGGCUGCCCUGGCCAAGCUGGAGGAGCUGGAGCAGCUUAGGAUGCAGGAGCGAAUGAGUCUUAAGCACCAGAACAAGGGAAAAUGGGCCCGUUCCAGGGCCAUCAUGGCCAAGUAUGACUUGGAGGCCCGCAAAGCUAUGCAGGAGCAGCUGGCCAAGAACAAGGAGCUGAUGGAGAAGGUGCAAGUGGAGCUGCCUGAGGAGGAGCCAGCCGAUGCCCCUGAGGAGCUCCCACCUGUGCCCAUUCCCACUGUUGCCAGCGGAGCCAAUCCCUGGAUGCUGGGUAAGCCCAGCAACCCAGCCCAGGAGCCUGAGGUGCAGGAGGAGUCUGGAGAUGUGGAGGUGCCUGGUGCUGUGGAGAGCAAGGAGGAGAUGUCAGAAGAGGAGGAGGAGAUGUCGGAGGAGGAAGCUCUGCUGCAGGACUUUGCACAGAAGCGGCAGGCACGGCAGCAGCAGGCAGGGAGCCCUGAGGAGCAAGGUGUAGGUGAUGAUGAGGCAGAGGCAGUUCUUGAACAGCCAGGGGACAGCCCUGCCCACCCUGUCUGUGUAGAGGAGGAGCAAGUGAGCACAGUAGGAGCUGAGGAGCAACCCCAGCAGGCCCAGGAGGAGGAGAUCCUGCUGUCAGAGCAGCUGGGACGGGUGCAGACCAUGGAAGAUGUGGAGGCUUUGGCCUCGGAGGAGCAUGUGGAAGAGCAGAAGGUGCUGUCGGCACCAAGAGUGGAGAAGCCAGCAGCCACCAGAGCAGAGAAGCGAGUGCAGCAGCAGGAGGAAAGCAGAGCUGGGGACAAACAUGGCAGGAAAACACCAGCUAAGAAGAAGAAGAUGAUCAGCUUGCAGGCUGUGAUGACAAGGAAGGCCCAGGACGUCCAGUGCCCCAGUAUGCCAGUGGUCGUGGAGGAGGAGGAAGGUGGCAUGGACCAAAGAGGGGUGAUCAAAGAGGCCUUUGCCGGGGACGAUGUGGUCGCUGACUUCAGUCGGGAGAAGCGCAAGGCGGAGGAGGCCACCAAGCCGCAGCCGCUCAACCUGGUGCUGCCAGGCUGGGGAGAGUGGGGAGGCACCGGGCUGAGGCCCAGCGCCAGGAAAACCAAGAGGUUCCUGGUGAAGCCACCACCAGCGCCUCCCAGGAAGGACCAGCACUUGCCCCACGUCAUCCUGAGUGAGAAGCGCAACAUCCACGCGGCGGCACAUCAGGUGAACGAGUUGCCCUUUCCCUUCGAGAGGCACCAGCAGUUCGAGCAGAGCAUCCGCACACCCCUGGGCUCCACCUGGAACACCCAACGAGCCUUCCAGAAGCUGACAGCCCCCCGGGUCAUCACCCGGGCAGGACAUAUCAUCCAGCCCAUCUCUGCUGAGGAUGUCCCUAAUGUAGCUACCGCAGCAGGCACCGGGGCCAAGCCAGGGCUGGAAGUGGUGCCCAAGGAGCCAAAGCAGCCCAGGCAGCCCUCUCACCCCCCACACAAGCGAGCACGGUAACUCCGUGCCCCGCUCUGUCCCAUGUGAUUGGACUGGAGCAGCUGGAGGACCUGGGAGAAGCUUCUGGUUCUGGCUGGUACCUUCCACCACUUCCCCCACAAUAAAACUCCAGCACUGCCCUGGUACUGCCCAGGCAUGUGGCAGGCCUAGAAGGGUGGCACUGGGCUGGAGCAGCCACUGGUGCUCCCUCAGGGCUGUUUUAUGUACCUGGUGGCUUUAGCUUUCAUCUCCCCUUCUUGAUAUGCAACACUCAAGAACAUUGGGCAGGAGUGAGGCCACACCUUGGGUACUGGAGUCAGUCCUGGGCCUUGCUCUCCAAGGACAUUGAUGGGCUAGAGGGGGCCCAGAAGGGCAAGAAAGCUGGUGAGGAGCAGCUGAGGGAAGUGGGGCUGUCCAGCCUGGAAAAAAGGGAGGCUCACUACAGCUCCCUCAAAGGAGGUUGGAGCCAGGUAAGGGUUGGUUUCUCCCGAGGAACAAGCAACAAGACAAGAAGGAGUGGCCUUAAGUUGCCCUAGGGGAAGUUUAGUUUGGACAUUAGGAACAAUUCCUUGUCCUUGAAGACUGUCAAGACCUGCUCCAGUGUGCCUCGUGAAAUGGUGGAGUUUCCAUUCUUGGAGGGGUUUCUGAGUCCUGGAGCUGUGGUGCUGAGGCACCUGGUGACCUGGUGGUGCUGGGUUAGUGGUCAGACCCCAUGAUCUGCAAUUUCUCCUCCAACCUCAAGCAUUCCGUGAUUCCAUACCUCACCUAAAUGUCUUAGUCUUGGCUGAAGGAGCUUUCAGCCACGCCCUGGGGCAUUGCUCCUCGGGUCCACCUCUAGCUCCCACUAACUUCUGCCCUACUCUAAUAAACGCUGUGAGCUAGAGAA